GUUCGUCCGCCUGCUCCGACACGGUGCACGACGUCCAGACCGCGCCAGUAUGCAUACGGUGGUACCCGCGUGCUGACGGUGCCGCGAGUCCGACCGACUGGUACCACAGCCAGCGCGGUACCAGUUGCCCUACAGUCAGCAGUUGCGAUCGCAGCCGCUGCCGCCACAGUCACGACGAGAUCUCUCUUUCUGUCUCCCAGUUUCUGCCUCUCUCUCUCUUUCUUACUUCCAGUCUCUUCGUCGUCGUUAGAGAGCUGAUCUAAUUCGUCCCGCGAGUGCUUCGUCUUCUCCAUUAACGCGUCGGCGGUUCGGUCCGAUGCCGGUGCGCGUGUUCGUAGGUGAUUCAUCAUAGUCGCCCGCGCCGGCCGAGAUCCGCUUUCCUCUAAAGCCGACAAGCGAGGUGGUGCUCGAAUACAUCACGGCGGGAAUUCGGUUUCGAGACGAAUAGAGCGUCGAGAGAGGAAGAGGUCACACGCGUCGCGCGGUCUUCUUCGUCUUCCUCUCGUUUCUCGGCUGUGCCCGGGCCUUGGCGGGGCCUCACCGGCCGUCUUCUUCGCGUUCGAGGAUCCGAACGAGUCGACCGGUGAAGACACGCCGGUUGCGGCAGGUCACGAAGAACGGGUCUCAAGAUGGCCUACAUUAUCUGGCCUUAUCGGUGAGAGGAGGAACCACGGGCCGCCGCAACUCGUACGAGCGACUUGACUAGAAGAGGCUCGGCGGAGAGGUCGGAGACCAGAAGGAGAGACAAAAAAUGGGACAAGCGUGGUGCAAGGAGAGGACCUGCAAGGCCCAAGACUCCAAGUCACCGUUGGAUCGCGUAUUCGUACGAUGCGCGCAUCGGAUUUAUCCAAGUUUAAAGGAGGAGGGCUCGGUCUUAGGAGGCGCCACGCAGAGAGUUACGAGCUCCGAGAUAGGAUAUGCCGGCUCACCGCCGAGGGACGUGCUCACGAGGGGCAGGAGCAUAGACUCCGUGGACAGACCCUUCCAUCCCAGCGACUGGGUGGACGUUAAUCUGGAAGUGCCCAGUCCGCCGAGGACGAGCUCGGUUUUCACGAAUUUAACCGUCAACACUAGUCCAUAUCCCGCAGCUACGCCUACGUCCAGUUGUUCCAAUCUGAAGAAUGGAACUCCCGUGCCACCUCCGAGGCGAAAGAAGACAAACAGGGGCAGACCACUGCCACCGAAGCCGGACGAGAUUCCUGAGGACGUAACCACCAAUUUGAGACGCGGCGAUACGAGCGAGGAACCGUUACACCUGUCGGUCAAGCAGCCGAAGACGACGAGCGGCGACGAUCGGAACGGCGAUGUCGAGACGCGAGAAUCGGCCAAGAUCAAUGCAGAAGAUGCGAAGCAUGAAGGGCGAAGGGCCAGGGAGGUCUACGAACAUAAGGUUAACGGCACCGGAAGGAUAAUAUCCAGCGACGUGGUUUCCGGCAAGCGAACGUCCGCCGACAAGAAAACUUCGAGAACUUCGGAGCCAGGCCACCAUCACAGGAAAGUUCUCGAGAACGAGGAAUACGAGAGAUUCGCCAGGAGCGAGUCGAUCAAGGGCUCUUCGACUCCUAAUCGCCAGGACAGACGGAAGUCGAAGGAGCUCGAGAAGCGGAUCAGGGAUCCCCCGAGGGACGACGACAGAACGGAAGCAAAUACAAGGACGAAGAACUACAGCACCGUUAGCUUGCCGAAUUACGACGAGUUGGACGUGUCUAGGCAUCCUGCGAAAAGUACGAAGGACGAGAGAAGCGCGGGCGAGAAAAUGAAGUCGAAGAGACCCAUCAGAAGCAGUACCGGCUCGCUUCCGGCCGAAUCUUUCCUGUCGCCCUUCUCCGAGAAAACUAGCGUACGCCUCGAAGAUUACAUACCGCGGCGCGGCAGCGUCGAGCAUCUGUCGCCGUAUCAGGUGCUGGGUAAGCUGGGCUGCAGCGAGAACGAGGUCACCGACGGCGGAUUCAUGAAGUACGAUCCGAGUAAAUUGGAGGAUUGGGACCUCAGCGACAUCAGUAAUUGCGACCCGAACCGGCGUCUCUCCAUCGAGAACUUGCCGCGAAUCGAAAUCCAUAACGACGAGACUACGGAGAAGGGGCUCUCUAAGGGAGUGGAUGUUGUGGACCAUUCGCGAAACGCCGAGAUCGGGGAAGCUGAGACGAUCGAGGCCGAGGUUCCGUGCAUUCCUCGAGAUAUGACUUCAUCAUUGCAGAAGCCUGAAUCUUUCGGCAUGACGCCGUCGCCGAUACUCGAUUUCGAUAAAGAACCCGACGAUUGGCUCGCGGAUCAAAGCAGAUCGUUAAAGUACUUCGAUCCACCUACGAUGUCGGAGUUUCAUCAAGCGUCACCAAUCUGCGACUUAGCGACGUCGCCAGCUCGCAGGGAGCCAUUUUUUCUGAACGAGGAGCUCCAUCGCUCGGCUUUGGAUACGAUCGGCGGGUCCUGCAGGAACGGCGCCGUCGCCCGGGAAUCCGAUCGAUCCGACCAAUCGAGGCUGAUCUUCGGCCGUAGCUUGUCGAACGAGAGCGAGCCCUACGACGAUCCGUACGAGUCGAAGGAGUUGCGUGCACAUUCCGACGUAACGAACAAGUUAAUCAGAACGAUAUCGGAGGAGUCGCUACCGCGGGAGAUGCUGGAGGGGGUCGACGACGAGGAGAUCGUCGACUUCUUCGACGAGAAGCUGGUCAAGGAUACGACCAACAAAUUGAAGAAGGAUUGUCAGGAUCAGCGAGUGAAGACGCCACCGCCGAGCCCCGAGCCGAAGAUCAAAGCUCAGAUCUUGGAUAAUGAUCAUUCGACCUUACUGAAGGUGCUGAAUGACGAGGCGGCCGAAGGGAGUAAUCUCAGCUCGAUGACGCCGAGUCUCACCGAGCUGGAAGCGGCACUCUCGGACAUGUUGGAGAAGGAGGAUCAGCCCGACGAAAUUACCAAGCGAGAGGGGAACGCCGACGGCAAGCCGGCCCUGAGCCCCGUGGAGAAGCUCCUCGAGCCGGAAAUCGUGCCCGUGGAGAAGCGCAAUGCGAUCGAUACACCUGUGAUGGAUCAACAUCGUUCAGCGAGCGAUGAUGACAUUCUAGUCGAUAGGACGCCCGAGCAUAAGACGGACCGGCUGUCGGUGUCGUUGGAGCAGAUACUCGGCGAUACGGGGUCAACGCCGAAAACGAGGAAAGUGUCGUUUUGCACCUGGGACGACAAGCCUAUGAUGGAGAUCGACCUGGCAAACGGCGGAGUGCCCGAAGCGCGCGCGAGUACGCACGGCGCGGCGAGUCCCGACCCGAAGGACUCCAUCGUCCAAUCGACGCUCGAAUCAAGCUCGGACUUCUUCUGCAGUUUCAUCGAGGAUAUCGGCCCUACGACCAAGGGCAACGCGAGCUUGAUCGGAGACGCGCCCGAGAAACCCGUCAGAUUGUUUCAGAAUCUGGAGGACGUGGCGAAGGCUUUCGACGAGCACGUGCCCACGCCGCCGCGCAGGAGAAACAGGAGUUCGGGCGCUACAAAGGAGCUCAUCGAAACCGUGCAAAGUUAUCCCGAGGACCCCGACCCACGUCCCAACGACAGACUCAUUUAGUCUAACCCCGGGGGGGUCGCGCGAUCCUGUAAUCUUCCUUCCGCUGCUAUAUGCGACGACACACGGAUAACACGAUCCCAAAAAGUUGUGUGCCACGCGAAUUGUUGACGCGUUUAAUCCAUUAAUUCGUAAUCCCCGUAGGCUUAUAACAGGCGUGCUAUUAAUAUAGAGAGAAAAAAAAA